AAAGCAGCGACCGGAAGGCGCGGUGGUCUCGUUGAACGGACAGGUCGCGUCGGGGAAGCGGAGCCGUCAUGUCGCCGCAGUUCACGGACGAGGAGUUUCAGAGCGCGUGGAGGGAGCUGGACGAGCCGCGGCUGGAGGGAGGAUGGGAGCUGUUCGUGGAGACGAUGGGGGUGAAGAUCUACCGGCUCUACGACAAGGAAACCCGUCUGUACGAGUACAAAGUCUUCGGCGUGCUCGCCACCUGCACUGCAGAGCUGUGUGCAGACGUCUACAUGGACCUGGCCUACCGGAAACACUGGGACUCGUAUGUGAAAGAGCUCUAUGAAACGGACUUCAGUGGACAGACUGCGAUCUACUGGCAAGUGAAGUACCCGUUUCCUCUGUCCAACAGAGAUUACGUGUACGUGAGGGAGCGGCGAGACCUGGAGGUGGACGGCAGGACGGUGCGCGUGGUCCUGGCCAGGAGCGCGCCGGACCUCCCGUGUGCAGAAAGCGGCGGCGUGCUGCGGGUCAAAGACUACAAGCAGAGCGUCGCCCUGGAGAGCGACGGAGGCUGCGGGACGAAAGUGUUCAUGAAUUACUUCGAUAACCCCGGUGGCAAUAUUCCUACCUGGCUGGUGAACUGGGCAGCGGGGACCGGGGUCCCGGACUUCUUAACCAACAUGCAGAAGGCCUGCAGCAAAUACGGCGACUACCGCCAGAAGAAAUGACUCCCGGCGUUCUGGCUUCCCCUCCACGGUAUCCUCGUGCUGUACGUGAUCAAAUGUGACUCCCCUGAACGUGGCGUGGGCGUCGACUCGUGGGCGCGGUGGGCGUCGCCCGGCGUGUGAAAUCGAUUCGGUUUUUAAUUGUGCCGUAUUAAUCAAUACUCUGGUCUCCUUGUUGCUGUCGUGUGUGCAAUCAGCGUGAGCUUCGGCCCCUGAGGGAUUUAGGAGCUUUCAUUAAACCUUUUUAAUUUUUUUUUAUUCGUGUUGAUUUUAAAAUACUAAUAUAUUUGAUUACUUUUGGGUUCUAUGCGGUGGAUCAAUGAUUAGUUCAAAUUGCAGCUUUCGUGGAUCGGAUUUCAUCAUUUUACCUCGUUUUAAAUUGGUUUACUAUGGUCUAACCUUAGACCCAGGACAUGGUCUAACCUUAGACCCAGGACAUGGUCCAACCUUAGACCCAGGACAUGGUCCAACCUUAGACCCAGGACAUGGUCCAACCUUAGACCCAGGACAUGGUCUAACCUCACACCCAGGACAUGGUCUACAAAACCUUGAAUAAAAACAGAUUAGCACUUCAGUGGCAUUUGAAUGGCACUUACUUAUGGCAUUAUGGUAUUACUUAUGGUAUUACUUAUGGUAUUACUUAUGGUAUUACCUAUGGCAUUACUUAUGGUAUUACUUAUGGUAUUUUUUUAGUUUGGCUUUCUUGAAGAAACAUUACUUUCUUGAUUCUUGUUCUUAGUUUGUUCUUGUGGUUUUAUGCACUAAUUCUAAGUCGCUUUGGAGAAAAGCGUCAGCUAAAUAUCAUGUAAUGUAAAAGAAGAAGAAAUGUGUGAUCCAUUUUUCAAGUCUGAUUUUUACAAAAUUAUUUCCUGUGUUUGCAAUUAGAGAACGAGUAAAAAUCUUUAUAAGUUCCUGAGAACUAUCCUGGAAAAAAUUUUGUUUUUAAUUCGCGAAAAAAACAACACCAAAACUCUUGUGGCCAAAAUUAGUAUUACAACAAACAUUUAAAAUGCACCUGACAAACCAACGUAUUCAUAGAUGAAAAGAAACAAAUACACUUAAUUUGUUUUCCGGUUAAGCAUAUAGAUAUUUCUCUUUUCAUCUAUGAAUACGUUGGUUUGUCGGGUGCAUUUUAAAUGUUUGUUGUAAUACUUGAGCGAGAUGAGCGUCGUGACGGAUGCAUCCGGUCAUUUUUCAAAAUAAAACAUCUUUAAGAACUUGAUAAUCAAUCAAAUAUGUUUUCCAUUCAUUCUUUCUCUGUGUUACUGGGGAUCUUCUUGCAGGAACUUGGAAAGAUGAUUCUGAUUAAUCCUGUUUGUCAUAAAGAAAGAACACUAUUCAGAAUACGAUCACUAGAUUAUAAUUUCUUCUUUGUUUUCCUUUUCCCUCUUAGGGCGUCCAUAUGAAUGAGAGGGAUGUAAUGGGAUUUGAUUUAUUCUACUGUAUGUUUUGGUCACUGGAAUCUUUCUACGGUCCAUUUUGGAUUAAUUAAUUAAUUUUAAUGAAGUGGAAAUUACAUAUUUGUACUUGGGGAGGAACUUUGCCUGAUGAGCUUCUCGUGAUUCAUUUUCAUGCGUUCAUUACUGAUGCAAAGAUCAUGUUAUAAAACUCUAUGCUGAUUUAUUAUGGACACAAAUGAUCAAAGAUACAAUCUAUCUGAGUCAAUAAUGUAUUGAUUCAGGCUGUACCUCAGUGCUCCUGUUGAUUCCGGUGAACGUGGUUAAUCUGGUCACGAAAAAGCCUAUUACUAUGUAAUAUUGCUGUGUUAUUGGAAUGAAUAAAAGUUUAAUUUUAAA